GCAGUUUGUACUAGGAUAAUAUUGAAUUUCGAAAUUAGAUCGUAGACCGUAGUCGGUGCUCAGUAGGUUAGUGACAAAGCCAUGGUUGUUGGGUUAGGUACCAGUCGUUAAUGUGUAUUUUGUUAAUUUGGGCUGUCCAGAUUACGUUGACCGUUAAAGUUAUUCCCCACUUCCCUACUUUCUUUUAUUCUUUUUACAAUUAGGUAUACACCCGUUAAUUUUUGUACACCUUUUUUCGUUACACUAUUGGUUUGACUAAAACAGUUUCCAAUUUUUUUUUUUAUAAAUCUUUUGUGGCAAAUCUAAAGUGAAUAGGUCCAAUCGAAUUUUGUUCAGUGAAUAACACAUAAUACAGCCAAAUCGAAAAAUAUGAGUCAACACAAUGAUAAGUUUAAAUCUAAAUUAAGAAGCUCCGAGUUUGUUAGACGCUCGCGCGAAGGUUUGACUUUACCACCAGAUUUCAACAGCCAUACUACAACACCGCCGCUGGUUUUUUGUUCGGACAAACCAAUGUACAGAGGACGAGGGCUAGUUAUACAACAAUUAUCAAUGCAGCCCCCAACCGAUUCGGAAAAUCUCCUAAAUAAUCCAAACCUUGAUUAUUCUAAUUCGUCCAUCGAAGAACAUUUCAAAAAUAUAAGAGAAGAAAAUGCAAAAAAAAAUGCAGAAGAAAACCAAAGAAAAUUUGGACAUCUCAUAACCAAAGGAUUUAAAAAGUGAUCAAAUGCUACCAUUAUUUGCCAGUUACCAGAUUGAAACCAAAACACGUUUUUUCAGUUAAUUAAUUUAAUUAAUUAGAUCAAUAGGAGUAACACAAACUUACCUCUACCCGAUCAACACACAGCUCCCUGUUUUUGAUGACUUAAUUUUUUUAUUUUUGUAGCAAUUUAUAAUAACCAAUCGUAUGGAAUAUUUUAAAGAACAAUAUUACUAUUGUAAUUUUUUUUUAUAUAUUUUUACCUUCUCCAGAUUCGCAUUAAAUCGUUUUGUUUUAUUUUUUGCACUGUUAUAAAACUUUACAAACUGGCAACAAAACAAAAAUAAAAAAAGGUAUUUUUUUUUAAUAACUGCUAAGAAAUUACAGUUAAUUUGCACAAACCUAAUUUUUUUUUUUUAUUUUAACAUGGCCCAAAAAUGCCAAAUCUAAACCGUCUAAGUCCCGAUCGGCGGGAAUAACGGACGUUAAAUGUAAGAGAGAGAGAGAAUUUUUUUUAAAUAUUUACAAUAAAAUAUGUACGCACAAACUAAUUGUAAUUUAAUUUCACUAGUUUUGGUUAGUUAAAAAAUUUGAUGUUUUUAGUUUAAGGUUCUUUAACCUCCAAGCAGUCGUGUCUUAAAAAAAUCUCAUUGGUGGUCGCGCCAAAGUGCUUACAUUAAAAAGUACCAAAAGUUAACGUCGCAUACACAAUUGCUUGGAGGUUAAUAUUUUCAGUCUUUUUUUUUUUUAAUUGUAUAAUUACAAACAAUUUUAUAUACAAAUUAAAAUUUGUGUUUAACUACUGUUUAUCAUCAUUAGUUAUUAUUAUUAUUUUUUUUUUGAAAUUGAAUUUUUAUAACGUUUAUGUUCGUCAUGUGUAAUGUAUUUUAAUAUAUACAUAGGUAUAAAAGAGCUGAUCUUUUACAUAUUAUUUUGUUAGAAACCUGCAAAUGUAAAAUUAAAAUAAAACUUAUUUAUUUCACGUUAGGUUGAACUACAAAAUCGAAUUGUCCGUUUCCAUAAUGUAUGUGCAGAACAAACCGUAAAUGUAAUUUUUUUUUAUUGACUGUUAUGAAUAAGCAUUUUUUCUUUUUUGUAAAUCAAGUCGUUAACAGUUUUAUAUAUCAGCUAUUUACACACAUCUAUUUAAUCAAAAGAUGAAUAAACAAUAUUUUAUUAUCUGUC